AAAAUUUUUGUUUUUUCUUCUCCAAUGCCCCCAACCGGCCCCCAAAAGAGCUUCUCACUCCAUAUUCACUUCCAAAUCACUUCCGAGUGAGUUCCGCGGUGGUAUUCUCUCCAUGUUUUCAGUGUGAGAUGAUAAUAAUAACACACUCCAUGAAAAAUUCCUCUUCCGAGUCUCUUCCGACCACUCGAUACGUCUCUUCCGAGUCUCUUCCGAAUCUUCUGGGCCAUGGGUGGUACCGAGAGCGCGGAGCGACGGGGGGACGUAUACGACUGGCCUGGCAUCACAUGCAUUGGGCGGCGGAAAGGCGAAAGAGCCUGCUGCGCAUGCCAGAGGACAGGGUCCACCAUAUCGCACCGGGCGGAGGUUGGCCUCGGCGCGACAUGUCUCCCCCCGUCGACGCCAGCAGCCCAUACCCCCCUCAUAAAGCCCGCUGCCACCGGGAGCGCUUCGCUCGCCCUCGCAGUCUUCCCUUCUGUCCUCUGAUCUACCCUCCCAAUGUUCUUCAUCCCCAAGAGCACUGUCCUCGCACCCUUCCCCCCCAAGGACGGCCAGCUCAAUCCUCUGGCUGUCUGGCCCAAUAAGGCCCCAUUCGGCGUCCCAGUUCGUAGGACGAUCAAUCAACAGGAUCACUGGAACAUCACAUACGAAAUGAUCAACCCUUACAUCAAUCGCCGUGACCAAGAGAACCGCACCGGCCAUCCUGUCCUCACCGGGUUUGUCUGGUGCACCGAGCACAUCAUCCUCGCUCGUCGCUACAUCUUCUUCCUUUUGGAGUGCUUCCUCAAGUACGAGUCCACCGUGGUGCGCAUAUUCCCCGAAUUGGUCGGGCUCAGUGGAACUAUCCGCGGCUUGAUCAAGAAGAACGAGGAGUAUUACACCCGCGCCAUUUUCCAGAAGGAUAUCUGCCAUCAUCUUGAUCUCUUUGGUGACGACUCUGAGUUGAUCGCCGUUUGCCAUGUGUAUGCCACUCUCGUCUGCCCCUUUGAUGCCACCGAAUGCGGCCGCAUCGCCCCAUUCUUCCUUCAGCACUCCAUGAGUGAUUAUCGCAUCAUCACCCCCCGUGCGAGAUUCAACGCAUUCGAGGGCAAACGCAUCUCAGCUUCUAAGGAUGUCCCUAUCCCCCGUAUCCUGAUUCAUCCAUCGCACCAUUAUCCCGUUUUCAUGCCAUUCUCCAUGUACUUGGGUCUUGUUGUUGAUUCCAACUUUACCAUCAUGAGAACGAUGGACACUGUGGAUGGUUUUUGGUUCAUUCGCCCUAAUCCCCAGCAUGGCCUCUGGACUGCUGCACCCACGACGUUUCCCGUGGCUCUUACGAUCCCAACUGCCUCAGCGGCUCCUACUGCUCCUACGGUCACGACGUUUCCCGUGGCUCUUACGAUCCCAACUGCCUCUGCAGCUCCUUUGGGUUUCGCGACGGCUCGCGCGCCCCCUACGGCUCCUGCUACUCCAGCGACCCCGGCGGCUCCUAAGGCUCCUACUGACCCAGCGACUAUGACAGCACAUGCUCCCCCAACGGCUCCCGCUACUCCAGCGACCCCAGCGGCUCGCGCGGAGCCCCAGUCUCGCGCUUCUGUGGUUUUGAUCGACCUCACCGAGUCUGAUGCCGAUGCCGAUGCCGAUGCCGAUUCCGAUGCCGAUGCCGAUGCCGAUGCCGAUUCCAACACCGUUUCCGAGUUCAAGGUGAAGUCCGAGGCCGAUAACGACUCCGACUUCAUGUUGGAUUCCGAUCUCAAUUCCAAGUCUGACUCCGAGUUCGAAUCCGAUCCCUGCGAGGACAGCAUCAUGGACGAUCUCACCGAUGCUCCAGUCCAGCCGGUCGACGAUGCUCCUGUCGAUGCUCCAGUCCAGCCGGUCCACGAUGCUCCUGUCGAGGAGCAUCUCCCUGGCAUCGGGCUCCCAUCCGAGGUCGGUAGCACUGUCAUUUACAGUGGAUCCGAACAGGAAAGUUUUGCAUCCGCCGAUGAGAACCAGUUCGAGCUCGACGAAGACACGAUCGUUGUCGACCAAGGCGAACUUGAAAUGGAGGACGUUGCUGUUGCCGCUGAACCCACAGUUACCCCGACCGCUGUGUCGAGCAAGGAUGCCACCGUCUCCUUGAAGAGAAAGCGCGACGUCCAAGAUCGGGCCGAAGACGAUCCCGACAUCAACUCCCUUCUGGUCUCGGCCAUCCCAUUGGAGGAGAAGAAUUCACUCUUCCAGCAAUUCUUGCAGGGCCAGCAGAAGUUGCGUGCGAUCGACAAGCUGGAGUCUUGUGUUCAGGCUGGCCUCCGCGAUCCUGAGGCUAUCCGGGCUAUGACUCGAGGUUUCAUAGAUAUCAUGAAUGCGCCUAUCGCGGAAACCAAGCCCAAGCCCAAGUCUAAGCCUGCUGCUCCUGUGAUCGAGGAGCUUCCCGACGAACGCUGGUCCUUCCAGAAGCUCGAUGUGGCCGCCCUCAAGGCUGCCUUUGCCGAGCCUGUCGAUCCCAACCCCGCCAACUUCAAGACGGUUCACCAGCUCAUCGACGCCGAUGCUGUGCUCACCGAGGCAAUCAAGUCAGUCCCUGGAAUAUCUUCUGCAGAACUACUGUAUGCUGCAGAUGAAAUUGUGUUCGGCUGGUUCCGUGAGUGGAAAUCCACUCAGUCGAUGCCAGACUCCUGGAUGACGACUGACCUUGUCUCGAUGGAAAGCCUUCCCCGAGCCUAUAUUGCUCAUUGCCACUCAUUCAUUUUGGUUAUCCUUCAUCUGUUCCUUUUUAAGAAAGGACUCGUCAUGAUGUGGGGUGCUUUAUUGUCUCAGUAUCGCGAGAGACUUACGAUCUAGCUAGCGAGCAUCGAAGUUGCGUCACUGCAGGCGCAUACAGUCGACCCAAUACACUAUAUUCAGAAAAAACGGGACACCACAGCCGUCUCCAUGAACAUGUAGUAUGUGAUGGCAUG